UCCAGUCCGGCUUCCGCUGCCGGCAGGCGCGGGAGAAGAUGUUUGUUCCUUUGCGGUGGAUCCGCGAAUCUCCCCGCCACUUGCUAGUGUGCGAGAGAAGCCACGUGCAGCACGCGCGAUCUCGACAUGUGGCGCACGUGCGGGAGCACGCUUUCAAUUGUGGGGUGUCCUUUUUGAUACCUGAUUGUGGAAUAGUUCCACAAGCCCUAAAAAAUGCAGUUGCUGAUAUUGGGGAAUAUUACCUUGUAAAGAAUUUAUUUCUUCAUGAGUUAGUGACCCAAGAAUUCAUUAACACAUUUGUGAAGAAAGGUACAUGUUAUGCUCUUACAUAUAAUACAAGAAUUGACCAAGACAAUACAGCUGCUUUGUUACCAACAGGCAAAUUGAUUUUAUCAGUAGACAAGGAUACUUAUGAAGAACUUGGACUGCAAGGCCAUCCUUCUUUGUAUUCUGGUAAAAAGCCAAUGAGAUACAUUAUUACAGUUGACUUGAUGGAUACAACUUUCAGUCCAGAAAAUAAAAAAUAUAAGAGAAUAAUUUGGGCCCUGAAGGAAAAAAAGCCACUUGAGUUUGAUUUCUUAUUAACUUGGCAACCCACAGGAUCAGAAGAAGCAAAUUUGAUGUCCUAUUUUUCUAAAAAGGAAAUACAGGCUUACCAGCCAAAAGUAACUUUUAGCACAUUAAGAAAUGUGCAGUGUCCAAUUCUAGAGAGUGAUAAAUUGCAUGGCGAGUCAGAUGGAGCAUGCAGCGCCCAAGAACUGUUUGAGUGGCUUGGGGCCAUUUUUACUCAUGCUGGCUUAGAAAACACAUCUUCUAGUUUUUUAUCAACCUGUGUAUGUCCUCAGCCAAGCACACUGAUAGAACAAGUUUUGAUGUGUACAGUAACUGGCUUUAUACCAUCAGAAAAGAUAAUUCAUUUAUUGGAACAAAUAUGUUGCUAUUUUAAAGACCCAAAGUUGGCUCACUGGAUAUCUCUGAUUGUCCAUGGUUUUGCUGACAGCCCUGUUUCCUGGAGAGAAAAUGAACAUGGCUUUCUAAAAGGAGGAGAGAAUUUAUACAACUUCAUAAUUUUUAGGAAUCUAAGCUACUGGCUUCAAAUGGCAGUAGGGGCAUAUGACAACUGUCCAUAAAUAAUUGCCUUGAGUACCAUUCCAGAGUUUCAUUAGGUACUUGGGGUGGACAGCAGCAUCCAUGGAGAAGAUGGAGGCACAUAACUUUGGAAGAAGACCCAUUCUACCUGCAUUCUUUCUUUAAAAUUUCAACAAUUAGGUUCUGCCACAAGGUGCUCAUUAGCUACUUCAAGCACAGAUUGUUUUUGAACUUAGACAUAUCUCAGACACUGGAGGGAACGUGUGCAAAACUUCUAAAUUCCAAAUGGUUUCAACCUGAAAAGGCCCCAUUCUGAAUCUGAAACACUUGUUUUGGAUUUGAACUGAACUGUCGUGACUUUCCCAGAAUUGUUCCAAUGUUGUUCUGAACAUUUCAGAAGUGUUUUGAGUGUAAAAGAGCUGUCUUGAACUCGAGGUGGGAUGUUUUGGACUCGGGCUGUUCAAAUUCAAAGUUUUUGCAUGCCACUAAAUGCUGAGUGUAACAGUUGAAAGGGGGCUAAGUUGAAGUGGUUACAAAAGGCACAAAAAAAAUUAAUGAACUAGUUUCUAUUAAACAAUUUGGAGUGUUAAUGUUGAUUAGAUGUGCAUUAGAUUAGAUUAUAGAUAUUAGAUUAAAUAUAUGUAGUUGUGUAUCCUAGUAUGUAAGAGCAUCUCAUCCAAGCAAAUUGAGUUCCCAGCCCAGCAGAUUCUCUUCCAACCUCUGCCUGCGAGCAGACAAGACUUUUAGAGCUUCUUGACUAGAGCUGCUUCAAAUUCAGGUGGGGCAUCUAAAAACGCCACUUGGUUGCUGGCCUUGGCUUCAUUCCCCUGAGAAGAUGCUGCUGUAUGAGCCAGCAGUGUGCAGCAGCAGCCAAAAAAGCUAAUAUAAUCCUUGAUUAUAUAAACAGAAGCAUAGAAUCAAAAUCACGUGAAGUAUUAGUACCACUUUAUAAAGCCUUAGUAAGACCACACCUGGAAUACUGCAUCCAGUUUUGGUCAUCACGUUACAAAAAAGAUGCUGAGACUUGGGGAAAAGUGCAAAGAAGAGCAACUAAGAUGAUUAAAGGCCUGGAUCACUAAAACAUGAACAGUUGGAGGAUUUGGGUUUGGCUAGUCUAGAGAAAAGAAGGACUAAGGGAGACAUGAUAGCACUAUUCCAGUAUUUGAGGGGGUGCCACAAGGAAGAGGGGGUCAACUUAUUUUCCAAAGCACCAGAA